UCCUUAACCCACUGAGCAAGGCCAGGGAUCAAACCUGCAACCUCAUGGUUCCUAGUCAGAUUUGUUUCUGCUGCACCAUGAUGGGAACUCCAUGAGCUCCCUUUACUUGUGAUGCCUACAGAGCUGAGGCCACUUGUUCAGAGUCACACAGAAAGGCAGUAUCUGGGGGAACUGAGCCCAGAUCUUCUCCUCCCUGGCUCUUUGCUUUUCCUUCCUAGACUGUCUGUUGGUAGGGUCACAUUACCCAACCCUUUCUGGGUGGGGUGUGUGUCCUGUUUCCCAGCUCAGAAGCCUGACUGAACAAAAUUCAUGUUCACAAGUGGCUUGUGGUACCAUGGUGUCACUUCUAGCUAAGAUGUAAAAGAACAAAACAAACACGAAUGCCCACUUAGCAAAAUCUAGGCAGAAACUGAACUCCAAGUAAAUCAAUUAUCAUUUCUCCUUCUGGGUUAAUAUCUUGGCCCCAAGGUUUCAUCCUUAACCUUGUGCCCGAGCUACAUGGUUACUGGAUGACAUCCAUAGGACAGAGAGAACCUAUCAUCCUAGACACCAGGGAAAUUUCCUCAUCCCUACAAUACCCACACAGAGUGGCCCACUCCACUGACAUUAGGCAUGGUUUGAUCUGGUAUUUUAAAUAAUGUAUGUUACGGUGGGGAUGCCAAAGAUAGGAGGAAAGAUGUGUGCAGGCUGAUGAUUAGAAUAUUGCAGGGCUCUAUCUGUCCUGUCUUAGCCACAUGCUGUGUGAUCAAAAUGGGUCUGUUUCUCAAGCCAUGCAUUGGAAAGUGGAUCAUUUGGAAGGAUAACAAACUGUCAGUGUCAAGCUCAGUCCUUAUGAAUCUUUGCAGAAAGUUUUGAUGGAAAGGUGAAAGGAAAAGUGUCCACAAGUUCUGCAGCAAAUACAAAGGCCUUCCUAUAUUUUCAGACAUGUUCAGCAGAAGCCCAGCCAGAGCUCUUACAGCAUGGAAUGGGAAGCAUUUGCCAGGGCAGAAUUCUUGGUUUUAGUUCUACCCGAGUUCAUUUAGGAAAAGCUGUUUAUUAUAUUUUCGGUGAUAUCAUUCAUUAAAGUAUAAUAUCUGUACAUAUUUUAAAACAUUGAUCUAAAAGGGAAAAAUGUAACCUGUAAGGAAAUACUGGAUUUUGUAGAAUUUGAAAUAGAUUUUUACAAUGUUCAGUAAUUUAUUGUAUCCCUUUUGCAUUGGAAGGCUUACACGCUCUUUUUGAGUCCUGUAAAUAUUGAGGAAGCAUAAGAAUUCAAUAAUUAUUGGUUAAAUAAAUGAAUGAAUUAAUGUUCUAAUGAAGUAGUUUGGACCUCCCAAGGUAUUUUAAAUAUGGUAUAAAUAGCAUAAUAUUGAAUCGUGUUGAUCGAUUUGACAGUAUUUUAGUAGAAAGCAUAUCUAUUAAAAUGAAAAAAGAAAUUAACACUCCUCUUGUCCAAGAUCACAAAUACAGUCAUUUUGUGGAUUAAAGAUGCCAACACCUAAGACUUGAGGAGCAGAACGAUGAUAAUGGUAAAUCUCCAGUAGGCUUUCUACUGUUUGGGAAAGCUCCUGCUAGGAGAAAAAGAGCCCGUCAAAAAAGAGGUUGUGUGGACUCUCUCUUCCUACAAGGCUGAUCUCAGGGAUUUUCUGAAAGACAUUCCUAGCCCUCUCCUAUGCCUAUCUUCAAAUAAAGAAACCUACCGGAGAUCUCCUGUGUUCUAUGCAGCUAACUGUCCUUUAUGUGACACCUCCAUCCUCAAUCCCUCAUGAGCCCCUUUCCAACUGGCGUGAUGAUUCUGGGGGCACCUGUGUCAGCUGCAGAAGGCAGGCUGUCCAAAGGGGCUCCUGCCUGUGGUGGAAGAGUAACUAUAGCAAAUAGGUGAGCUCUCUAGGGAGAUUCAAGGAGAUGGUGGACAAGGUCUCUGAUUUAUACAUCAGAACACAGAAAGCUCAAGAGUGAUGGAAACAGAGGACCAAGUACAUGAGAUGUAGCUAUUCCAAAACUUCCAGGGCCCACAGUAGCUAUAAUUGGAUACUCUAUUCUUUGGGCCGCUCCACUGGACUGAUACUCUGAGCCCCUGUGGUGGGUCCUAAAGUAAUACCUGAAGGUUAUCAACACCAGUAUCUACUGACCAUACAUCAGAACUAGGGUUAAAAUGGCAAGCCCUGCCCAGAGCAAUUGAAGCAACUUUGGAUACUGGUAUUCUUCUAAGAUAAACUCAUGACCUACUAAGGGGUAGUGUCUGGGUCUUAGACAUAAGCAGCAAACCCUUUAAUUUUGAAAAAAAAAAUCCCAUAAAUGUCCUGACAGAGAAUUAGAUACUCUAUAGCAGAUAUAUCCUAGCUGCUCCUGAAUAAUUGCAACUUUCAACCUGGAUAUGCAGAGUCAAGAAGAAUGAAACAAAUCCCACUUUCCCACCUGUAUCAGUUAUCUAUUGCUGUGUGACAAAUGACCCCAAAAAUGAAUGGCUUAAAAUAACAUUUAUUAUCUCACAGUUUCUGUGAGUCAGAAAUUCAGAUGCAACUGAACUGGUUCCUCGACGCUCUGGGUCUCUCACAAGACUGCAAGCAUCUCAGAGGUCAACUAGGGAAGGGUUCACUUCCUAGCUCAUUCAUGUGGUUGUUGGCAGAAUUCUAUUUCCCAUGAACUCUGUUGAUUCCUUGCCAUGUAGACCCCCUCCCAGAGCAUCUCACAACAGGGCAACCUUGGGAUAGAAGCUUGGCAAAGCUGCAAAGAAAAGACCAUAGAGAGGUGGUGAUGGAACCUGCUCUCUCCUCUGGAGAGUGAAAGGGCAUUCAGGAUUCCAAACGGGACAAAAUUGCUUUGGGGCAAAAUUUGCACAAGAGGAAAUCUGAAAUCUUAGAGAACAAAGUCUCAGACAAACCAGAAACAUUGGAAAGGACUAAAGAGGUUGAGGUGUUGGGCAUUAAAAUUAUGAUUGGUUUCUGCACAUCUCAUUAGGGAAGAAAAAAAUACAAAUGUACUUAAAUGGACCUGAGGGGAGUCAUAAGGUUGAUUCUUAGGGCUGAGUCAUCUGAACUUAGAGAUAAGCUUGAAGAGAAAAUCUAUACUGGCCAGAGACCAAGUUAAUGGAAAAUUUAAUUGAAGUGAAUGACAGGCUAAGCCUCGUAGGUGGUGUGGCCUGGUGCCCUUUGAACCAGGAAGACUGGGACAUGAGGCUGCAGAGAGCCCUAAGGGAAAACGUGAUGAGCUUAUCUGAGCAAGAACAAGGGGCGGGACUGAGCCCCAGUAAAGGAAAUCUGCAAACCUCCACAAGAGCCUCAGUGAAAGGCAGCAGGAGGACAGAGAGGAAAUCUGCGUGUUUCUGCCACCGAGAAGUCCCUUAGAGGUGCUCCCUGCCUCCCACAGCACUGAGCACGUGCUGGGCGCCAGCAGUGCUGGAGAGGAGCGUGUGUGAGACUGCCUGGUGGCAGAGACACAGCCACCCAAGCAAAAACAGUCACCACUGAGGAGUGCCUGGUGAACCCUGCAAGCAUGAACCGCUACAGCGUGGAUACCUCCUCCUCUGCCUUUAGCCACAGGGGCUCCCUGCCCACCUCCUCUUCAUUGUACUGCAAGAGGCAGAAUUCUGGAGACGGCCACCUUGGGGGAGGCUCAGCCACCACAUCCAGUGGUCCCCGCACCAGCCCCAUGACCUCUGGAGGCCUCUCAGCUUCUGGGCUGAGGCCCCCUGGCUCCAGCCCCAAGAAAAAUGGGACCUCUCUUGAAGGAAACAGAUGUGCCUCAAGCCCUUCUCCCGACAGGCAGGAUGCCCGGCGGCCAAGGAGCAGGAACCCCUCCACCUGGUCAGUGGAGGAUGUGGUCUGGUUCGUGAAAGAUGCUGACCCGCAAGCUCUGGGGCCCCACGUGGAGCUCUUCCGGAAGCAUGAGAUUGAUGGCAAUGCCCUCUUGUUGUUGAAGAGUGACAUGAUCAUGAAAUACUUGGGCCUGAAGCUAGGACCUGCACUGAAACUCUGCUACCACAUUGAUAAACUGAAGCAAGCCAAGUUCUGAAGGUGUUUAAAAGAUAGAGGCAAAAGUCGAGACAACAGAUCUCAAGAUCAUCUUCUGCCUUACCAACAUAAGCCACCAUCACGAAGAGUCUCUUCUGAAAAAUAAAAGCCACAAAGACUUGGUCUUUUUAGAAAACUCAUGCAUCUUCAGCUUUUUAAAAACCCAACACGGCCCCCUUGAAAGGUUCCUCUGUGUUAAUGAUUUGCCAAAAAAUUAUCAAAAAAGACUAUUAUUUUUAACAUUUCUGGUAGCUUGGUUGCUCUCAGCAUGGGUCCUUUUUUUAUAAUGAGAGGGUGGGGAACAACUGAAUGCUAUUGCCCAAGGAGAACCCUGAGGCUUCCAAGAAUGUGAGAAGAAGGACCUUUGUCUCUGCAGGCUCUGCAGAGACACCCACCACAGCACCACUUGUUUUUAAUUCUGACUGGAGGACCUAUCUUUGUGAGCCUUGGUUGAUUCAGCUCUGGAAGCUGUCUUCUGAGGACAGAUGCCUCACCUUGCACUAUCUGGAAAACUUGAAUUCUUUUGCUCUCUGAAAGAGAAGGAGAAAAAUCUUUUCUGUUCUUAGUUAUCUGAAGUACUGUGUUGCCCCACUAGAGGGCAGACUGCUAAUGAAAUUUCAGGACCCUCACUGCAAUAGCCUGAAAUUCAGUACCAGUGGAUAGAUUAGGGUUUCUAUGAACAAGAUCUAGCCUACACAGACAUAGGGAAUUUAUUCCACCAUAAGCACCACAGAUUGCAAUUUAGAAAGAAAUCAUCUUCUAGAAGGUUCUAGUUCAUACCCAAGCAUUACUGACUGAACUGCACAUGUAGCAAAGGCAAGAAUUUGGAAGCAUGGUCUUCCCAGAUGGGCUUUGGAGUUCCUUCCCUUCCAGAGUCCUUACUGAGGUGUUGAUAUGUUGGCGCGCCAGAGAAUCUUAGUGACAUUUAGCCGUGGUGUUUCUUUAAAAAGGAAGAAGAAAAAUUCUCAACUAAGCUUUGAAAUGGAAGAGUGCUGGUUUCUAGUAACAUUGUGGGAUUAUGUAGCUGUAUCUGGCUAAUUUUAAUAAUAACGGCAUGUACACAGACAUGCUAUUAUUGGGUUUAACUCCAUUGACAAAUAGGUUUUCCUUACUUACCAUGGAGUAAUGGAAAAAAAUUGAUUUCUCCCCCUUUGCAGCUGUGUCCAGGGAAGGACAAUGAAGCCACAAUUUACUAGACAGAAGGGCAGCCUCGUCUCUGUUCUUCUUUUUAUCCUUUUCCUUUCUCUCUGUCCUUGUCUCUCUUUUCUUUCUUCUCUUACUGAACAGGAAACAUAUCUUCAAAAUGAAUUCGCAUGUGCCAUGGGCAUAACCUGUUCCUUAAAAACACAUCUGUGGAGUUGGAGGUGAGGAGAUGAAUGCUAGAUUUUGUGAUGUCUGGGAGGGGGAGGAUCAAGGACCACCCAGGGCCUCCCUGGGCCCAAAUGCAAAUUAGAAAAGGCACAUCAUCCUGGGGAUGCAGCCUGGGCAGAGGUCUGCUGGUGAAUGGAACAGGGUGGGUUUUCAGCCCUCUCAUUCUUCCACCCGGUGCCCUUGUGCAGAACUAGACCUGAACAAACCUGAGGGCAGCCCUGGGUAGAUUUGUAUGCUAAUCCUCUAUAAAUCAGAACUUGGAUGAGGAUGGGAAGAAACAUUCCAUACCAGGCUGUCCAACCCACUUUGAUGAGUAGUAUUUGAGAAAGCACAUCACAGCAAAAUCCUUUAUAGACACACAAAUGGUGGCUGGACUUAAAGCAUGACAGAGAGGGGAUGGAGGAGAAUGUCUUAAAAUAGCCCACGGAACUGAGCUCAAGUUAGAUUGUGGAAUUGUUGAAUGUCUUUUGGUUCUGGCUCCUGACAAAACUACCCUGAAUCAGGCCUUGGAACAGAGUCUUCAAGAUUUUGAAGUGACAGAGUGGCUAUGUCCCUCAGAGUUUGGUAAUUGUGAAGUGCUCACUACUGGAGCACCUCCACGUCUGGAGUUAGUCUCCCUCAAGAAACCAUGGCCAGUUUAUUCAGAUUGGCCAAUGUGAAAUCAGUGAAAUGCAGAAAAUCCCAUGACAACCCACAUCCCUGACUCCACUGUUUUUGCUCAGUCCUCUGAAACUUGCGGUGCCUCUUCAUCCACAUAUACCUCAUAGAGACUUUGAAAACUUCGUCCCCAUUCCCACCAGUGCUUCCCUCCAUACAAAAACAUCAACAUUGGUGCCGUCAAAUCAAAAUCAUCCCCAAACCAUGUCCAAGAGAUACCUGGUAUAGUUUUCACGGGAGAGAUAUUUUCCCAUCUCAAAUCUAGCAGAAAACUGGGUCCAUGUUCCUGUGGAACUGCUCUAACGGAGGUGCUAUCUCAUUUUGCAUUAAACUUGAAGCAGGACAGAUUGCCGAAGCCAUGAUAUUUAAGGUUUGACUUUUUAAAAAUCUCAUUACUCUUAAAAUGAAUGCUGCCAUAUCAGAGAAUAACCCAGGGAGGAAAUUCUUUCUUGCCUGUUUUUGCACUGAAAUGCAAUUAGCCGACCAAAUUAUUGUAGCAAUACGGCAAUUAUAAUUAAUUUUCACCCUUUUCAAAAAUCUUGUCAAACCAGGCAGCUAAAUAGCUUAGCAAAUGUAAAACACUCCAGGCCAUUUCCUCUAAACGGACCUUACAGAGUCAGGCCAUGUGUGUCACUGUCAUCCAAAUGGGAGCUUAUUUGGGGGGGGGGGUCUCACACUUGUACAGAUGUGGUACUUGUUAUUCCACGGCCGUAGAUUUGCUUCGGGUUGUGGUGAAUAAUGAUACAGUUUUGCAUAAUUCCAAAUUAGAGUGUGUGAGAGUAUGUGUGUGUGUAUGUGUGUGUGUUCAUGUUCCAAACAUUUCCAAUUACACUUGACUGUAAAACACUUUAAAAAGAAAUCUACAGACAGUUCUAUUGCCUAAGGCAUUUUAAAUAUUUUAUGAAGCGCGUCAUUCCCUUUGUGAAAAAUUCAGGUAAAAGAUGUGCAUUGUGUGUGUGUGUGUGUGUGUGUGUGUGUGUGUGUGUGUGUGUGUGUGUGUGUGUGUGUUUCCUGAAGCUCUAGUUGGAAGAGCCUUAGAAGUAGCUGGGAGUGUAUCACUUUUUGCAUUUGCUCCUUUCAAAAUCUUUCCAGCUUUGCAGCACUGAGGCAGAACCCGCUAUAGGCUGUUAUUACCAGCUAUCCCCUCUAGUGCCAGCAGGGCGCGCCCUGGAGGCAGCUGGGGGAAGGUGCCCAGUUCUGGGCCUGCCUUGUCCUGGCGCCGACUGGACUCGUCCAGCCUGCCGAGGCUCUGUUUCGUGUGACCAAGGGAACAGGCCUGAAAGGGGUACUGCUGAACAGAGAUCGCCCGGUUUCGUGCCCGCCAGAGUUACACUGCGCUCCCAUCACUUCCCUUCAGCAGAGUUGCCGUGUAUUUCUCUUUACAGCAGGAGAAGGAGUUGGGAGCUCCUCCAGAGAACCAAAUAGGAUAUUAAAAUAGACUGGGAAGGAAUAUUGAGCUGAGGUUGGUGUGCAUGAGAAGGAAACAGGAAGGAAGGGAAAACAAAACUAUGACGUCUUAGGAAGCUAAGUCAGCACCUCUUCUAGAAGGCCCUAUAAGCUCCAAUACCUUGUUUUUGUAUUUUUGUGCUCUGUGGAAUUUUUAAAACUAAAAUUAUAUUUUUUUAUUAUUUUCUGAGAUUGUUUUACAAGAAUUUUUCCAUAGCUGUGAAGAUCAUUGGAAAUGCCCAGAAGUAACCAGGGCCUCGAAUUUAGUCAUUGCCAGAAGGUCUUGAGAGAUGGAGAUGGUCUGCUUUCUUUCUAAAGAACCAGCCAGGUUUCCAUACGUGUGAGCAGAAGGUGAGUGCUGUCCGAUGUUCGUCCCGACCCAGUGCUUUUUCAACCUUCUUUGAUGGGCUUAGAGGAUGAGGAGAUGGGACUCAACGUUUUUUUUUUAAACUUCAGAUAACAAGACGUGGUUGGGAAGGAAUAGUUGAUUUUUUUGAAACAGCAAUAUUUUGUUAAGGAGAGGGAUGAACACCCAUCUGUGGCUGUGGUCUUUUGUUUGUCACAAACACACUCCAAGAACUGCGUAGUUGGAGUAGCCUUGCCACAUGGCAUAAGAAAACCAUGCUGAGAACCGCAACGGUGAGCCCAGCAGAUGGUCAGCCAUCCAGAGGUAUGAACAGUCCUGUUUGCAUCUUGCGCUGUCACCCCAGCGGCUGGUCUCCCAGAGCUCCCAGCUGUGCUGCCUGGGGUGGGUGGAUGGGUGGGUGGGGGAGCUCUGGAAGCCUCGGCCUCAGGGUGCCCUUCCCUCCAACUAUUGUUCUAAUCAGAGAGGCUUCCCCCACAGACGAUUGGGAGCUGGAUCUUUGGAAAUCUAGCAUUUGCUUGAAAGAGAAUCCCUCUUAUUUAUUGCCACCAGUUAAAUAUUAUGGAAACAGGUCUGCUAACAAUUUGCUUUGUGUAAUUUGUUCUAAUGCUAAUAAGCAACAGCUGGGACACUUCCUGUGGUAAAUUCCUUUGUGGUUACAGUGGUAUUAUCACACAUGGACUUCACCAAAUCUGUACUUGAGAAGAAGGCUCAUUCCGGCUCUCCCGAGCUGCAGGAAAUUCCCCUGAGUUAGAAGCAGUUCUGGGCAAAAACAUAUUUUUGGAGGAGGGUUUGCUUCUCUUCACUCCCUGCUUUCUUAAGCAGGGCCCCAGACCUGUGCUCUUAAAAUCCUUAAGAGCCUGGGGUUCUCCUCAUGCUUGGCAUUGAGCUUGAUUUCCUCCAGAGGAAAAGACAGCAAGCAGAGCUGAAAAAUGACAGCUUCCUCCAGGUCAGGGUGCUGUAUCCAGAGUUGAUAUGGAGAGGCUGGGAGCGAGCCAUCCGAGGCCAAGAGCUGUUCAGCAGUUGGUUAAGUAAUGAUGGGGCAUCUCUCCAUCCAGAGGGUCUAAAUGUACCACUGAGACUUGCUCUGGGCUGCCAGCCCACCCUUCUUCUGCUCUGUAGCUCGACUGCAUGACCCGAGCCUUAGAGUUGGUUCCAUGUACUAGAUGCUUGUUGCAAAGGCCAACACAAACAUCUACUGGAUCCUACUUUGGAACACAACCAACGCUUUGCUUUUCCAAACAGCUCACUAUGAAAUCGCAGACCCUCCCUGAGUGUCACUUUUCAGUAAGCAUGUGUGACCGGAGGCUACCUCCAUCCUAAGCGUGGCACCCCCAAAUCUCAGGAAGGCUCUACCUCCCCAUGCAGCACUGGAGCACCUUCCCCACAGCCCUGAGAAAUGGCUCUGCCUGACCACUUCCCAUUAGGGGGCAUUCACUCCCAUAGGAAGUGGCUUAUUUCUUUGUUGGACAGCUCUGGUUGUGAAAAAGUUAUUUCUCAGGGAGACACAGAUGUCUGUGAAUCACAGAUGCUUGAGAUGAAGCCAACUCUGCAGUCUUUCUCUUUUUAACAGAGCUUGUCCAGGCAGUCACCACGCCUAUAAUACAAACUGACAUCAACGAGUAGAUCCCAGCUCCACCGCAUCAGGGUAGAGGAGCAGACAGUGUAAAUGUAGGACUCAAAUAGGUCAUGGCCAUCAGAUUAAUCAGCCCCGUCAUGAAAAACGAUUGAAACUCUUGUGGACACACACACACACACACACACAUACACAAAGGGUGUCCUGGCAGGAUCUUCAGUGUAGUUGUAAAUCUGGCUGUGGUCACAUAAGCAUGUGAGUUAUGAAAGCUUGUGGGAAUAAAUAUCAUUAAGUCCCUGUGCCUCAUUAACUGAAGAAGAUGCUCUGAGACGUGGAGGCCCUAUCUCUUCAUCGUCCUCACCGGUAAUAUAAUAAACUAAGAGCUUUAGCUGAGACAGAAACAAGUUAUCAUUGAUGGUAGAAAAGUAAACAUGGUCUGUUGUGAAUUUAUGCAAGUUAUGCAGUUUAUGACGCCAAGCCCAAGUCGGUGUGCUUAUGGAUACAUGCCCCAGUGAAUGUGUAUUUACAAACAAGGAGUUGGGAAAGGUUUGAAAAGGGAUUGCAGAGGAGAUUUUGCUCUCUAGAGCGUUCUUAUUCAGAAGAACUAUCUAGCAAUGAUGUAGAAAUCAAACCCCAAAGUUCACAUAACUUGUAGUUUAUAUAGUUUACUUAGGUAAAAUUCUGGAUUAUGGAGCAGAUUCUCUGAAAAUAUUUUAAGUCUUGGUCCUUGGAAAAAGUAGCUACUAUCCUGCACUGUACACAGCACCUGCCACAAUAAGGCACCUCAUUACUAUUCACUGGCUGAUGGAAUGAACGAAUGCUUGACUAGUUUCCAUAUGUUCUUCAAAAAGCCGCUAGUUUCUUUUUGGACCCCAUACCUUUACCAAAAGGAGGCAUGCUGAAGGGACAGACCAAAAGCGAUGAGGCCUUUCUCUGAUUCCCCAGACACCCGAGGAGGUCAACCCCACAGUCUCAGCACCUUGCGUGUCGCUCUCCUCUUUUUGUCUUGAAUGGCCUCCUGCUCUACUGCAGACAUUAGAGAGCAGCAACGGAUUCUUUACAGCUUUACUUUUAAGACACCUUCUCCUUUUCAUUUGCAAUCCAUGGCGCCUCUCAGCAAUGAGUAGGGUUUCCUUGGGCUGGUUCACUGCCUAAGAGUGGUGGUAAGUGUCUCCAAGAGGCAGAGAGCACUUUCCAUGAGCCCUCAUUCCCACUGCCUUACUCACCUUGCAGAGGAUAGGUGGGUGCCGGGUCUCCCCACAGGCCACUGUGUCCUAGAGCUGAUGGUAGCACGCCUGGGAGGGCCCAGCCCACAAGAGGCCUUCCCCAUUCUCUUCACUCUUUUCCCAUCUCCAUCCUUGAAAACAGAUUCAGAAAGAUCGGGGGCAGAGUUCCUGUUGUGGUGUAGUGGUAACCCAACUAGCAUCCACGAGGAUGUGGGCUCCAUCCCUGACCUCUCUCAGUGGGUUAGGGAUCCAGCACUGCCAUGGGCCAUGGUGGAGGUUGCAGAUAAGACUCGUGACUGUGACUUAGGCUGACAGCUGCAGCUCAGAUUCGCCCCCUAGCCCAGGAAUUUCCAUGUGCCACAGGAGUGGACCUAGAAAGCAAAAAAAAAAAAAAAAGAAAGAAAAGAAAAGAUCAGGGGCUUUUCCCUCCCCACCCCCCCCAAAUGGUUACAUAGGAGUGGUAAGAAUAGAAUCAUAUGACUGAUUUUUUUCUCACUACCACACCAAAACUUUGAGUGUUUCACCUUCAAAGUAUUCACCUCAAAAGCCUGAGCACAUGUUCCAAGGAUAUUGUCAUUGCUUAGAAUAUUUCUAGUGCAUCUUUUUGGGGGUCUUUAGAAGGGCUAGAACACAUUCUUUUCAAAGUGGAAAAGCUAUCGUCACCUGAGGGUGGAUUUCUUUUUUUUUUUUUUUUUUUUUUUUUUUUUUUGAGCCAAAGUCACUGGGAUCAUGUCUGAUGAGCAACAGAGGUAUCCCAUUUGAGAUGUAAACAGUGUGUCUCCUUGCUCAUGUGUCUUUUCCUUGUCUGUUUUCCUUACUGGGUCAGAUGGUUUGAGCAAUAACAGCCAUACUUCAUUGUUAACUUAUAUGUACUAGGCAGGUGUCAGGAUGAGGAGCAGCAAGGCAUAGGCUACUUUGAAGGGCAGUGUCACUUGGAUGAACAUUCAGCACGUUCAUUUUAAAGUAAUCUCAUUGCUGUAUCUUUAGGCAUCGUAAGUGCAGGGUAUUGUGAGUGUACCUAGGACCCUGGAAUGCCAGAGGACUGGGAGCAAGAAGCCUUAGGGGGCGUAUGGACAACUCACUUCCUUCUCCGCAGCAUCUCCCACCUGUUCUACUCCUCUCUGCUGGGGCGGAUUAUGGUGCAGUGCGAAGAAACAACCCCCCAACUCCCAUCUCCUCAUCUGGAAGAGGAGGUUGGCGUCCACCUGACUUGCAAAGGCAUUUACAGCUAAGGCCAGUGGGGCUGUGGGCUCCUCAGUCUUCUGUUUUAUGAUUUCUAGUUUCUGCCACUCCUGCCGUCUGACCGCGUCUAGAUAUGUUCUCAUUCUCUUCUCUUGUGGGCCCAUAGCUCCUCCUCUGAGCCGCAUAAGCAUCACUCUGCUCUCCUUCCUCAUUAUUUGUUACUUUCCAUUUCACUCUUCCUUCCUGUCUCCGUGCGUCUUUUGCUUCCUCUUUUCUGUUCUCUUCAUUCCACUAGCUCAGAUGCCCUGUGGGAAGAAGAGGUGGUGGAGAGAGAAAUAGAGAAUUAACAGGUAGCCUUUCCCUCCGUGGCUAGACCAUCCUGCCCCCUGCCUGCCUCCCAUCGUCCCCUCGUCACCGGCCUCCAGCCCUGUCAUGCUUGCACCCGAUCUCUGCUUUUUCAUUCCAUUCCUCAAGGUCCUGCCCAUGCAGUCUGUCCCUUGAGUGGCGGAAGAGUCCUGUCCCUUUUGAUGGCUUCACUCUGUGACUCGCCCUGAUGUCUCACUGAUAGGCCUCGCAUCCUUCCUCAAGCCCAGGCCCAGUGCCUGUCCCACGAGGCGUCCCUCCUCAUUCAGACCCAAAGGUCAAGAGCCAAGUGACCUGAAGCCGAUGUGACUUACCUCUUGAGAAGCAUGAGUUGUUUCUCCUAGCCAGGCUGCCUCAUGCAAUCCACACGAAGUCAGUGCCCUCCAGGAGCAAUUAGGAUCAUCCACAGUCCUUUAUAGAACACGUAGCUUUGUCCAGACCCCCAAAGCACUGACUGCACCUCCCAGUGACCGAAGCCAGGCCAGGGUCUCAGCCUUAAUGAGGAGGGCCAGCCAGGAUCAAAGAUGAAGCACCGUGACCUACCUCAGAAGCACUUCUGCGGUGAGGGUUUGUUUUUAGACAUUUAUGAGUCUACCGAGAUGUGACAGUAUUAAGUGGCUUAUGUCUGGGUAGGUAAAGAUGAUGACAUAUUUCCCGAAGGAAAUGUGGUUUAGAGGAGGAAGAAAGGAAGCAAAAUUCUGGAAUGGGGAUGCUCUAUUCCUGGCCUUUAUUCAGCACCAUCAUGUGCCACUGCUCCCCCCACCCCACCCCCGCAGUGGUCUUUCUAGAAGGUAAACUUGUUUCCUCCAUAGGAACUGGAAGUGUUUCUGCCCAGGUGUGAGAGAGUUGGGAGGACUUUGGUAUUUUUCAUUAUCCACUGUGUUCUAAGCCACAAUACUUAAUUUGUUGCCAUCUGCCAGCUAUGGCUUUGAUCAUAUGAGGAUUAAAAAAAAAAAUGAGCCUUUCCAUCUCAUCCUCCAGAAAUUUUGAAAUAGCAGUUGCUUUAUACAGCAUAUAUUUUCAUUUUAUAGAUAUCAGUUGAUGAGAUUUUCUCCUGUGUAUCCCCAGAAGUAAUUUUAUUAAUACAAAGAUUUUAUACUAUAAGUACCUUUGUAGAUAAAUUUACUUUUUAUGCUAUACACACACGGAAACUAAAUAAGAUGAAAUAAAAUCAUUUCAUCAUAAUUGUAUCCUGUUGCUAUUUUUUCUUCACAUUAACAGUGAGAGCUUUUUGUUAAGUGCCAUGGUAACAUCAUGAAGCCUCGUGAGGCCAAAAGGUAGUGUUACACCAGCUAUGCUAGGCUGCGGUUGUCUGACACGGCUCUUGCUAAGUGAUGAGGAAUUCUGAGUCAGUGGAAAUCCAUGUUUGCUAAACUCUCGAGGUUGAAUGAUGGUGAUUGAAAUGUUGUGCCUUUCGUUUUAUAAGUUGAGGGGUUUAUUUUCAGAUUCCUUCUUUCAACUCAGCCUUAGUUAAUCUCAUGUUUCCACCUGUUUAUUUUGCAUCUCGACCCUGACAUGCCCACACAGGAGACAUUCUGCUCCCCAUCCACCUGGGAGACUGGCAGCUGCACGCUUUCCCUGUCUAAAUUCUGUCCUUAAUGAGAGUACAGGUGCCGCAGCUACUCAUCUCGGUAAGAGAAAAACAGGAUUGACUAUGGCCAUUGUCUCCACCUAGACGGUCUCCCCUCCCUUUUAAUUAAAGAUUGUAAAAGGGUGUGUGGGCACAUUUUCCUGUGUAUACUUGUGGUUAGGUCUGGGGAUUUGAGACAAAGGUCAUCCCAUGAAAGUUUUUGCUUCAUUUGCUUGGGCUGAGGCACGUGUGCAAAAGGGCCUGGUGUGUGUACUACAGAUGCUCUAAUUACUUGAAAAUUCAUUGUGCUUUCACUUUUUAUGGACAUAAGGUAAUUCUGGAACAUUACUCCAACUCCCUGCUUUAUUUAGAAGUGCUUGAGGAAUGUGGAGCGCUUGGAGCUUAGGCAGUGGUAUAGUUUUUGGGUCUGGCUUUUUUAUUUUUUAAAUGCCAGUGGGUCUAAUUUUGCAAACCAGAAAUCAGUGAAUGGGACUGACUGUGCUGGGAAACAGCAUUUACACUGGAGAGAAAGAGCAGUAAACCCUGUCAUGUGAGGAAGGAGCAGCUCCUUAAUUUUUGCUCUUUGUGAGCAAGAUGCAAUCCGUGUUUCCCGACGUUGGGACCAUCCGCUCACCUCACCAUGUUCCUAUGUAAUUGUGUCACGUAAUGGGAAGUUGUAAUAGGCAAUUUGGUUCUGUAAUUCAGUUUGCAAAGCAUGCAAACAUAAGAUAACUAGGUUAAAUGCAAAUAGGCAUUACACUAAGGUAUGAAAAAUGGGGGCGGGGGUGGGGAGAAAAGAUGCUGUAUUCAUAACUUAGAAACAACGUGAUUUUAAUCCUCAUGUGCCUCGAAGUGUAGAGUUUAUUAAACUUAUUUAUCCUCUAGUUUAAUUUCACCACAUACUGUAACACAGAUGCAUCCUGUGUGUGUGAAUCUACAUGUCUUCUGCACAUAUUUACAGUGUGUCUUCUUUGUAAUAAGCAGCCUCUGAGUGAAACGCUUCUUCAGGAGUAAGUCGAUGUGGUCAUUGUUCACAAUGUUCCGUGCAAAUAGACUGUUAGCAAAUAGCCCAUUAUAUAUGACCCCAUAUCAAAAUGUGCUUUUAAUUUUUCAAAACCUUUUGGUUACUGUCUAUAACUUUGUCCCUUGGGCCAAUUCUUUCAUUACUGAGAGCUCUGAUUUUAAUGUAUUCCCAUAAACAGUGACUGUAGGUACCCUGUAGUCAGAUAUGUACACUUUCGUCAAGUAAACACUACUGGCCUUAAUGAUUUUAGUAUUUUCAGGUGCUUUUUUUCAUUUUUGAUGUAGCAUUUUUUUUUCUAGUAUGGAGUAUCAUGAACCUGGGACCAAUUCAAAAGAAUUUCUAAAUCUGAAGAUUCCAAGACAAUGCAGUAUUUUCUGUUCUUGCUGUAAAAAGUAUUUCAGUAUUUUUAAUAAAGAAUGGAAUUUAUAUGA